UGUGUGUGUAUAUAUAUAUAUAUAUAUGUAUGUAUGUCAUAAGCAGAUUCCAGUAUCCCACAAGAAUCUCUAUUGCGUCCAUUCAUAUUCACCCACCUAUCAAUAUUCGCACUCUCUCUCUUUGCUUUGUUUUUGGAAAGGAGCUUGUUGAAAGGAAGCAGCAAUGGCUAUUAAUUAUGAAAAUGGGGCUCCAGUCAAACUUGAGGGCAAGUAUGCUGCAAUGAUUGUGUGUUGGCUUCUCGGAAAUGGAUGCCUUUUUUCAUGGAACAGUAUGCUUACAAUAGAAGAUUACUAUGUUAAAUUGUUCCCGCGAUACCACCCGUCGAGGGUGCUUACUCUUGUAUAUCAACCAUUUGCCCUUGGAACACUUGCAAUACUGGCAUACAAUGAGGCAAAGAUCAACACUAGACAACGGAAUCUGUUUGGAUAUAUCAUUUUCUUCAUAAGUUCUCUUAUGGUUCUAAUUUUGGAUUUAGCUACAUCUGGGAAAGGAGGAAUUGGAACUUUUAUUGGAAUAUGCGCUAUUAGUGGUGCUUUUGGAGUUGCAGAUGCCCAUGUUCAGGGUGGGAUGAUUGGAGACCUCUCAUUCAUGCUACCUGUGUUCAUUCAAUCAUUCCUGGCUGGUUUGGCUGCAUCUGGGGCUCUAACCUCUGCUUUGAGGUUGAUUACGAAAGCAGCAUUUGAUAAUUCAAAGGAUGGUCUUCGCAAGGGAGCCAUUUUAUUCUUUGCCAUCUCUGCAUUUUUUGAGUUGCUUUGUGUUCUUCUCUAUGGAUUUGUCUUCCCAAAGCUACCAAUUGUGAAGUACUACCGCUCGAAGGCAGCCUCAGAAGGAUCCAAAACUGUUUCAGCUGAUCUUGCGGCUGGUGGCAUUUAUGCACAACCCCAAGAGGUUGAAGAAAAUCCUAAACAACUGGAGAGAUUGAGCAACAAAGAGUUGUUCUUUCAAAAUAUAGAUUAUGCUCUAGAUAUGUUUCUGAUAUAUGUAUUGACACUGUCAAUUUUUCCUGGAUUUUUAUCUGAAGAUACCGGAUCACAUAGCUUGGGUGCAUGGUAUGCACUUGUUCUGAUAGCCAUGUAUAAUGUGUGGGAUCUUAUUGGGAGAUACAUUCCACUCCUGAAAUGCAUCAAGUUGGAAUCACGGAAAGGACUCAUGAUAGCUAUCCUUUCUCGUUUUUUGCUCGUCCCUGCAUUCUAUUUCACUGCAAAAUAUGGUGACCAAGGUUGGAUGAUUAUGUUGACAUCCUUCUUGGGAUUAACUAACGGUUACCUUACAGUCUGUGUCCUUACUUCUGCUCCCAAAGGUUAUAAGGGUCCGGAACAAAAUGCCUUGGGGAAUAUACUUGUGCUCUUUCUUUUAGGAGGUAUAUUUGCUGGGGUAACACUUGACUGGUUGUGGCUCAUAGGAAAAGGUUGGUGAGAAUUAAGUCUAGCUGAUCUCCGGACAAGGAUUCUUCUUAUUCUAGUUUGGACAGGAAAGACUGCAAAUGUAUUGUUUUUCCAGAAGGUGAUUCUUGAAAGGAUGGCAAAAUGGAUUGUCUUCUGGUACAACUUGAUGAAAGUACAGGACCAAGUGUUGCUAAUUUAGUGUAAGUUUAAAUUGUGGUGUACAGCUUAUUCUUGAAAAGAAUGAAAGAUUAUUUGAACAGUAAUUGAUUUACAGUCUUUAUUUUGUCUAAA